ACACUCAACAGCUGUCAGCGUCCUUUGUUUGUUUAUUGCAAAUGUCAUAUUUGACAAUAUUUUCUUUUGGGAAAAACAAUACUUUGUCAUCAAACAGUGAGAAGUGAAGAAAAAUUCAUUUUCUUAAAUUAUAAGUGUUACUAAUUUGGUUGUGCCUUAGGGAGGCCAUAUACAAAGUAAAAGCGCCAUUUUACGUCAAAAAAUUAACAAAAUUUCGUUAAUAAAAGUAAUUGUGACGCAUGUUUGUGGGCAAAAUGAAUGCCAAAGAUAUAUUAAUGCGCGCUGUGCAAUGUGAUCAAGCCGGGCGAAUUUUAGAGGCACAACAUCUGUAUCAAGAUGGCAUACAAAUACUUAUGGAUCUGGUUGGUGACGAAUCGGAUGUGGCCAAGAAGAAAGUGUUUUAUGAACGUAUUAAGGAGUACAUAGACCGCGCCGAACAAAUUAAGGACCGCGUACAGAAGCAUGUCAUACGUGGCGAGUUGGUCACCAAUAAACCAAUAGACGACAAUUCUACCGGCAACAGUUAUCAGUCGCUGUUCGGGCAAUACCUCAAUGCGGAUGUAAAAGAGGUGCUACUUGAGGAGCCAUAUCUGUACGAGAAGUAUCAAUUUCAGAAUCUUGUAACAUUCUUGGAGUUGCUGGUAAAGAACUGCCGCCACCUCAAGUAUGUGAGAGUGGUCACAAAGACUGAUACCAAAGCACCGGAGAACCAAAGUAACGUGCUGGAGCAGAUUAGAGCGGAUAUGGCAAAACGUAAUGUAACUUUAAGCAUAAAAUUCGAAGACACUUUGCAUGAUCGCAAAAUUGUCCUCAGCAAUGGUUAUAUUAUAAAGAUUGGGCGUGGUUUGCAUUUCUUCAAGGCUACUAAUCCGUUAUACAGCCUAGGCUUAUGUGAUUAUGAUUUUCGCAAAUGCUUGCAAACUGACGUGGACAUUUGGCGUACUAGAAACUUCAUUGCUUGAAACUGAUAAAAGUGCUGCACUAAUCACUGACUCAUCGUUAAGCGUUUAACAGACAUUUUUACAAUAAUUUUUGUGUGAAUUUUUUUUAUGAAAUAAGGAUUUAUUUUUUGAUAAAAAAAAAACUUUUGUAUUAAACUUUCAAUAAAUAUGUUUAAGUAUUUUUUGUUAAUACAUGCAUACAUAACUGCGAAUGUAUUAAAAAUUAAAACAAUAAAAAUUGAAUUCCAUGAAUUGAAUUAAGAAAAAGUUUAUAGCAAAAGC